AUGGCGAGUGCAGCUUCAAAAACACCUUGCGUUACAUGUGGCAAAGGAACGGGACUAUUUAAAUGUGAAGGAUGUACACAAACAUUUUGUACAAAACAUGUUACCGAACAUCGACAAACACUACAUCAUCAACUCGAUGAAAUUAUUAUCGAACAUGAUAGUCUUCAAGAAAAAAUCCUUGAAAAUAAAGAUCAAAAUGAUCCUUUGAUAAAUUACAUUGAUGAAUGGGAACAAAAAUCGAUUAUAAAGAUUCAACAAAUUGCUAAAGAGACUCGUCGAAAAAUUGUGGAACUUACAGAUAUACAUAAAAGAACCGUACCAAAAGAACUAAAUGUUCUUGCUGAACGAAUAAAAAAAGCUCGUGAAGAAGAUGAUUUUUUUGAAACAGAUCUUAACAAUUGGAUAUCAACUUUGAACAGACUGAAACAUGAACUAAUGAAUGUUCCAUUAUCGAACAAUAUUGAAGAAGAUCAAUCAGCACCGUUAAUAUACCAGCUUAAACUGGUUACAGUACCUUCUGAGCUUGAUAAUAAAAGUAUGCUUAAAUACAGUCAGGUCGAGCCAAAGAUAACAGCUUCUGACGAUAUCUUUGAAUGUUGUCUUGAUGGUGCUAAAAUUGAAGAUAAUGGUCGACUUGUCAUACGUACUGAAGGAAUUCAUCCUGUCGAAGUUCGUGGAAAAGUCGGCUAUUCAUCUGGUAUACAUCGAUUUCGUUUUCAAAUCGAAAAAAAUCCGUCAGGAAUGUGGAUUUUCUUCGGAAUUAUCUCUAAAUCAGUACCAAUGGCGCACAACUCACCUAACUCUUCCUCUGCAUAUGGAUGGGUAGAUUACAAUGACUAUUUUCUUGAUGGUAUUCGUCAAAACAAUCAAACUGUUGGCAAAUUUCAGCAUACAAUUGAAAAGGAUAUAAUUGCACUUGUAGUCGAUUGUACUAAUCGAAAGAUUUAUUAUACAAAUGAACGAAGCCAGAAAAAUCAACAAUUAGCUAUUGAUAUUAACAAAUGUCCGUUUCCGUGGCAACUUUAUAUCAGUCUUUUUGGAAGACGUGAUCGAGUGCGCUUACUUAAUGCUACAACUGAUAUUUUACUGUCUUCAUACUGA